AUGGGCUAUUUUUUUUCGCUACAACAACAGUGUUUGUGCCAACCACUGUCUAUAUCCAUGCCGAUCAAUCUGCCAUCCAACAAUUUUAAACUCACGAAUGUAUCCAUCAUUCGUCUUCGACGCGGUGGCAAACGUUUUGAAAUUGCUUGCUAUAAGAACAAGGUGCGCGAAUGGCGUUCAGGUGUGGAAAAAGAUUUAGACGAAGUGGUCCAGAUUGAAAACGUGUUUCUAAAUGUUUCGAAAGGUCAAGUCGCGUCCAAAGAUGACCUGCAAAAAGCGUUCGGCACAUCUGACGUGACUGAAGUGCUGCUGGAAAUUUUGAAAAAAGGCGAGCUUCAAGUAGGCGACAAGGAACGAAGUCAUGAACUUUCGACACUUUGGGUCGAAAUUGCCAGCAUUGUGGCCCAAAUGUGUGUUGACCCAAACAGCCAAAAACCGUACACGGUAGGCAUUAUUGAAAAAGCCAUGAAAGACGUGCACUACAGUGUUAAGCCCACCAAAUCGGCCAAAACUCAAGCCUUGGAUGUCAUUAAAUUGCUACAGUCCAAGUCUAUUAUUCCUAUUGAACGUGCGCAAAUGCGCAUCUGUGCGACCAUGCCAGCCAAAGAAGGCAAGCGCUUGAAGGACAAACUCAUCGCCAUGUUCACCAAGAUAGAGGAAGAAGACUGGUCUGACGUGUGGGAAGUUGUUGGUACAAUCGAUCCAGGCUCACUUCGCCAAAUCAACGUCCUAUUUGAAAAUGAAGUGAAGGGUGAGGGUGGUGUAGAGACCUUGGCCUUCUCGACGGUUGAUCAGGGCGAUGAUGAGGAAGGGGAGGAUUGGUAA